AUGCCCUGCGUAACCAGAAGCUCCGCCAAAAACGGCCCCGGCGGGCUAUUUGACUUUAUCGGCGUCGCCAUAGCCAAUGGAAACGUCAAGUACGAUAUCCCUGAACAGUACCAACACCUCUUGCCGUCAAACCUCCACCAACAAGAAGCCAACAACGCCGAACCCCUUUUCAUUCACUCAAGUGCAAAGGGAACAUAUGUAGAAAAGGGCAAGAACAGGAAAACCGCUGCCAUUGCUGAAAGAGCUGAUAAGAUCACUGCCGCCGCCUCUGCCCAUGCUACCAAGGUCAUCGCAGCCAAGCAGGGCAAAGGCGGUUUGGAUAUCAAUAUUGUUUUGCCUGUUGGGGGUGGGGGUGUAGGUGUGGGUGUUGGUGUUGGUAAGGGAGGGAAGGGGAAGAGGAAGGUGCUUGAGGCUGGCAAGAAGGACGGUAAUAAGAAGAGGAAGUUGGAGAGGAUUGAGGAGGUAGUAGAAGAUGAGCAAGUUGAAGACAGUGAGAAGGAGGAGGAGGAGGAGGAGAAAAAAGGGGAAGAUGAUGAUGAUGAGGAGUAUGUACCUGAUGGUAAACGUCCGGCGAAGAAAAGGCAAAAGAAGACUGUGAAGGAUACGCGGAAGAAAAAGCAGCAAAAGGUGGUUAAGGCUGCUGCUCCGAAGAGAGGGGGUAGAGAGAAGAAGGUUGAGGUUGAGGCUGAGGCUGAGGCUGAGACUGAGAGUGCAGCUUCGGCUUUGGUUUCUGGGAAGAAGGAAGUGGAGGAGGAAGAGAAAGAGAAGGGAGGGGAGAAGGAGGUUAAGGAAACUGUCGAGCUUGAGGUGGCUGUGGUGGCUGUUGUGGAUGGUAACCAGGGUCAGGGUGAGGAAGAGGAGAAGAGAGAGGAGGGGGAGAAGGGAGAGGACGGUGGAGGUGAAGAUGAGGAUUAUGAGCAACAGGAUCGCAAUCCUGAUGCUGAGCCUGAAGAGUGA